UUGUCUCCCCUUAAUAAUCUCGGUUGCCAGACGGUAAGCUCCCCUGAUGGAUUAAAAUAGGAUUUACCAAACCUACGCCAUAAAUUAAUUUCACCCCAGCCUUACCAGAUAACCACUUUGUCCCACCUUCGACGACAAGUACUGGCGGGCCACAUCACUUGGAAUCAAAGGAUGGAUGAUGAUCAUGAUAGUGAAAACGCAGCACAUACGCACGCACCUAAUCAUAUACCAUGCAUGGAUUCGACAGCUGCCAAGAUAAACGAUAACCCAAACAUGAAUGAGGCUAUGUCCUUCAAUGAAACUUCGUCUGUGAGCCAGCAAAAUGCACAUGACAUACUUUUGAUUGAGCCAUUCUACUGUGGUUCUCACAAACAGCUCAUGGACUGUCUCAUGGCUGAUGAAGCAAUCUGUGGCAGAGCACAUCUUACUGUUAUGUCAGGCAAAAAGUGGCACUGGCGUGCCCGCACAUCUGCUUUGUACUUUAGCCGCAACAUACCAUUCAAUCAUCACUUUAAAGUAUUAUUUGCCAGUUCUGUGCUAAAUCUUGCCGAACUUACUGCAUUGAGGCCAGACCUAGCAGGCCUCCACAAAGUGAUUUAUUUUCAUGAAAACCAACUUCAAUAUCCUGUGCGCAAACAGCAGGAAAGAGAUUUUCAGUAUGGUUACAACCAAGUCAUGUCUUGUCUUGUUGCAGACGCUAUUCUGUUCAACUCUAAAUACAACAUGGAGUCCUUUCUCUGCUCUAUCAAGAAAUUUUUCAAACUGAUGCCAGAUUACAGACCAAAAGAUCUUGAAGAUGACAUUCGGCCAAAAUGUCGAGUAUUGUACUUUCCCAUGCAUUAUGAAAAAAUUGAGCAGUUUCAAAAUGAAACUAAAGGAAGUGACCAUCACAAGACAAGCAGUGAUGCAUCGGUCACUGAAGACCUGCCACAGUCAGAAUAUUCACAGAAUAUUCCUGUUUGUAUGGACUCUAAAGUGAUCUUGCUUAGCUGUCAGAAGAGCUUGCCAACCACUGAAACAGAGCCAGACAACAAAAAGCUCAACUUUGCUGCUGUAGGAAAACAAGGGAGGGAUGAUUCAGAUUUUUGUAUACCGACAGAAACUGGAGGAGAUAGACAGAAUUUCAAGUGUUUGCAUAUUGUUUGGCCUCACAGAUGGGAACAUGACAAGGAUCCACAGACAUUUUUUCAAGUCCUUUUUAAGAUGCAUGAUGAAAAACUUCAAUUUACCUUGUCUGUUGUGGGUGAAGCAUUUACAGACAUUCCAGAGAUCUUUGAAGAGGCAAAAGUUCUUCUAAAAGACCAUAUCAAGCACUGGGGAUUUCAAACUCAAAAAUCAGAUUACUUCAAGAUUUUACAAGAAGCUGACAUUGUUGUUUCAACAUCAAAACAUGAGUUUUUUGGUGUUGCCAUGCUUGAAGCAGUCUAUCUUGGCUGCUAUCCUCUCUGCCCAAGGUCACUAGUGUAUCCAGAAAUCUACCCAGAUUGCUACCUCUAUUCCACAGCUAACCAGCUGUACAAACGCUUGCGUUCUUUUAGUCGUCAUCCACAUGUGGCCCGUUUGAAAGUUCUUGAGAUCGAUCUUGAGAGGUUUUCAUGGGAAACACUGAGGUCAGAUUAUUUGGCCAUGCUUCGAAUAAAUACAUAAAAGCAGAA